UUGUCACGCGUGACGAACUUGUGUGUGUCUUCAAUUAGGUUUUCACUUGAACUUUAGUGAAGAGAAGACAUGGGAGUCUUCACUUAUGUCCUCCGCAACUCCGACGGCGAGUGGACUGGCAAGCAGCUCUCCGGUGACAUCGAGGCCUCUGCUCCCACGACAUUCGAGAUCCAGAGGAAGCUUGUCCAGUCCACCCUCGCUAUCGAUUCUUCUGGACCCGUUCAGUCCUCUUUCUCCCUCGUCUCCCCCACUUCUGCUGUUUUUCAGGUGGUGGUUGGUGGUGCAGUAUUCGUUGGUGGUGGUGCUGUAGCUGCUGCAGCACCUGCAGCCGCAGCUGGCGAUGCUCCGGCAGCUGAAGCUAAGAAAGGAAAAAAGGAGGAAGAAGAGGAGGAAGAUGAUGAUCUGGGAUUGUCACUUUUUGAUUAGAGCAUCAGUUAUAUUGUUGUAAUUUCUCUGCUUUUACCUCAUUUUUGAUUUGAAAGUCUCUAGUUUCUCGAGAGCCAGAAAUUGUGUAUUGGAUUUGAUCAGAUAAUUUUUAGUUUUGUUUUAUGUAAGUACAGUGUCGAGAACUCUCGCGGUAUUUUUAUCAUGGCAUGGUGUUUUCUUUUAGUUUUA